AACCCAACCCAAUCAGAAUAGUUAGACCCGACUCUCCCGAAAUUUUAGGGCUUUUUCUAUCACAGCUAGGGUUUUGAUCUUUAUUCCUCUUUACAAGAUAAUCUAAACCCUUACUGAAAUUUUAGGGCUUUGAUCAUUAUUCUUCUUUCACACAUUUCAGUAUCAAUUGGUUUUGGGGACCCUGAUGUGAAUUCUACUGGGAAAAGAUCAAGAAUUUUUUUAGAACAUGUAGAAUUAGAGACUUUUGUCAAAAUUCUUGAAGCUACAGCUGAAAUCAGAUUUUGUGUGUGAAUUUGAUAGGAUUGUCUGUUUGGAUGCUUUAAAAUGGAGCAAUGUACAAUGAUUUCUAUAGAAUGUCUGUGUACACCAUUCAUGUUAUGCGAGCAUUCUGCAUAGUUUGUGUUUGAUGGGAAAACCGUUUUGAAAAAAAAUGGUAAUAACCCAUGUAGAAGUGGGAGAAGCCUUCAGUGCAUAUUUAAACUUGGAUUUCUUAGUUGGUAUUCAUUGACCAACCGUUUUGAUACCCAAUAUGGCCCUGGGGUCAGAAAUGAUUUCCGCUGCCUUUUGAAAUUGAUUUUUCCUAUCAGAUUGUAAUGAGCAUUUUUACUGUUCAUUGUGGAGCUCUGCAUGUUUUCAUCUCAAGCACGAGGAUGGGUUCCUGAGAAUUGAGAAAGCUAUGUGCAUUGUAUUAACGUGCAGACUUUUAACCUUGAAGUUUCAACAAGGAAGUGAAAGUGGCUGAAUAAAUGGAGCUCUUCAGGGUCAUGGAGAAAAAGUAUGCUCUUUUGGAUUUUUAGGUGGUGACAAUUUCAAUAUUAAAGAUAUUAUUGGUCAUUUUAAAGCUGGGGACUACAAUCUGCAUGAUUGCUUUCCAUUUGAUCCAAAUAAAAAUUUCAUGUUGAUAGAAAUAUGGUCAUCAUUGUAGAAAAAGUUAUUUGUAAUAGUCAACACUGCUAUAUUUUCACAAUUGAUCCAAAAACAAAAGGUGAUAUUUUUAGACUAUUUUGAAUAUAAAACAAAACUAUUCUGUUCCCAGCACAUAGAGAGCUUUUUAGUAUUCACUGAAUGUUUAUUUAUGCAUCGGUGUGGCCGAGGUAUUCGCUUUCUUAGUUCAUCUUCAAACACCCGGAUCAACUGGGAUCCAACUGUAUCACUUGAACUCAAUCACCCUACCCUUAUUUUGCUUGAGAAAUGUUGCAUAAGGGAUCAUUUCAAGCAGAUAUUGGGCCAGAUGAUGAGGACCAAUCUCAUUGGGCAAACAUUUCCCAUGAGCAGGCUCCUCUUAUACUCAGCAAUCUCACAUCCUGAAAAUCUAGACAUGGCCCUCCUCCUUUUCAACAAUUAUACUCCACAUCCAAAUCUCUACAUUUACAACACCAUGAUCAACGCCUUAUCGUUCUUGACGAAUCAGUCAUUUGCUCUCUAUAAUUCAAUGCUCCAGUCAGGUAUAUACCCAGAUAAACACACUCUGCUUUACCUGCUACAAGCCUCCCAAUGUAUAUUAGAAGUAAAACAGAUCCACUGUCAUGCUGUUGUGUUGGGUUUGUUGUCUUAUGGUUAUCUGCAAAACUCCCUGAUCAAAAUGUAUUUGGGGAAUGGACUUGUGGGGCUUGCAUAUCAGGUGUUCCAGCAUAUGCCUGUAUUAGAUGCUGUCUCAUUUAAUAUUAUGAUUGUUGGUUAUGCUAAAAGGGGAUACAGUUUAGAAGCACUGGAACUAUUUCGUGAAAUGUUGGUUUCAGGUCUUGAACCUGAUGACUUUACUAUUGUAGGUCUUCUUGUGUCUUGUGGGCAGCUAGGAAAUGCAAAAUUGGGGAAGUCUGUUCAUGCAUGGAUUGAGCAGAGGAAGUCCAAUAGUUCUUCAAAUUUGAUCUUGGGCAAUGCUCUACUUGAUAUGUACAUCAAAUGCAAGAAAUUGGAGUUUGCUCAAAGAAUUUUUGAUGCUUUAGUGGAAAAGGAUACCAUUUCAUGGAACACCAUGAUUGCAGGAUAUGCCAAGGUUGGGGAAUUGGACCUUGCCCACACUUUUUUCGAUCAAAUGCCUAGGAGGAAUCUUUUUUCUUGGAAUUCUUUAAUUUCUGGCUAUUCCCAGAAGGGUGACUAUAUGAUGGUAAUGAGUUUAUUCAGCAGCAUGGUUGUAAAUAAUGUUAUGCCUGACAAUGUCACAAUGGCAAUCUUGGUCCAUGCUGCAGCAGAAAUAGGAGGACUGGACCAAGGGAAAUUGAUACACAGCCGGGUGGUUAGGAUGCAGAUGAAAGUAGAUGCGUUUUUGGGUUCAGCAUUAAUAGACAUGUACUGCAAGUGUGGGAGUAUUGAAAUAGCUUUCAUGGUUUUCAGGGGGCUAACCAAAAAGGAUGUUAAUGUAUGGACUACCAUGAUUACCGGAUUUGCAUUCCAUGGUUAUGGAAGCAAAGCUCUUGAAUUAUUCUCUGAGAUGCAAGGGGAUGUAAUGCCAAAUAAUGUGACUUUUGUUGCUAUUCUUACUGCUUGCAGUCAUAGUGGACUUGUGGAUGAAGGGAUCAAAAUAUUCAAUAGCAUGAAGGAAAAAUAUUGUAUUGAACCAGGAAUCGAGCAUUAUGGGUGUUUGGUGGAUCUUUAUGCGCGAUCAGGGAGGCUGGCUGAAGCAGAAGAAGUGGUUGACAACAUGCCAAUGAAACCAAGUCGAUCCAUAUGGGGAUCAAUUGUGGGUGCUUGUAGAGCUCAUGGAAACAUGGAACUUGCAGAGAGAGCUUUGGGAGAGCUACUAAAGUUAGAACCUGAAGAACCAGGUGGAUAUGUUUUGUUGUCCAAUAUAUAUUCUACCUGGGGAAGAUGGAGUUGUUCAGACAAGAUUAGGGAACACAUGGAAAGGAGGGGAGUAAACAAGACUGCUGGUUGCAGCAGUGUGGUUAUUGAUGGAGUUUUUCAUGAUUUUGUGGCUGCAGAUAAGAAGCAUCCAAGAUGGGAAGAGAUUCAGUCCAUAUUGAAUUGUAUGAAAAGUGAAAUGAUGUCCAGCCCUGCUUUUUCAUUCUUCUUGCAAAUGUUACUAUAGACCUAUGUUGAUUUCCGUUUGAGGCCUGACACUUGCUUUUUGACUUUGACGACAGUGAUGCAGAUAUGGAAUAUUUUUAGUUUGCUGGUCAUGUGAAA